AUGCCCCAGACACGGAGUCGGGUCAAGCGGCAGCGGAUCUGCCCCUGGUGCUCACAGUCGUUCUCCAAAGAGGAACAUCUGGCCCGCCACAUACGCUCGCAUACGAAGGAAAAGCCCUUCGGCUGUGUGACGUGCGGCAAGUCUUUUAGUCGCCAUGAUUCCCUGCUUCGACACGCUAGGUCGCAUCAAUCUGCCAGUAUCUCGUCAGAGACGCCUACCGGGCCUGAUCAUUCCGCCUUAAAUAUUUCUUAUAGUGCUGGGGGUGAUUCCCUCCCACACAUUCCAGGGAGAACAUCGUCCUUUGGCACCGCCACAAAUGAAGCAACCUCCAGUUUAUUCUCGCCAACUCAGCCCCGUGCUGUGCUCUCCAGUGACAGUGCACUCGCCCAGCCUCGUCUACCCGGUUGGCUGGAAACCAUCGUUCAGUCACCAAACUUCGGCAGCCAUGAGAAUGCUAAUUCCCAAGCUGCUUCUUUCGGUGCUCUCGACGGCAUGUUUCAGGAGGAUUCCAGCAUGCAAUGGAAUCUCAACCUGGACUCUCAGGUGCCGACCUGGCUGGCCGACGAGGACUUCGACCUGAAUGCGUUGAAUUCCUCGGUGAUGGCAACUACCAUGUCCUACUUUUCGCCUCUCAAUACCGGGAGCGAGAUUGAUCCUCUUAUUUUUGCGGUUCAACCGCCAGAUGACCCAAUAAUGGAUCGUAAAGAAGAUCAGGCUCGUCAGAGGUGGUUUACAUACAUUGGGACGCAUGAUCCGGGAUAUAUCACUCCAGAUGCGAUUCCUGAACAAACAGAGGUGGACGAGCGGUAUCGAGAGAACUUGUCUCAGCGGCUUCAGCAACGUGUUCCAACGGAGCCUCUGCCGUCCACGGACUUUUUGAACCUCUGUAUUCAAAUGUACUUUACUAGGUUCAAUCCCAUCUUCCCGGUAGUACAUGCUCCAACAUUCCGCCCCUCAGCAAAAAGCUCGCUUUUGCUUCUAUCCAUCUGCUCAGUGGGGAGUCUCUUCGUUGGUUCGAACUACGCCGUUGCCCAAGGCUUGAGGAUAUUUGAAAGGCUCAACAAGGCCAUAUUAGCAUCAUGGGAGAAAUACCUGGGCGAGGCCCUCGCAAUGACUCAAGCAGCCUUGAUUGGGCAAACGUUCGGAAUGCUAUCAGGCAAGCCGAGAAACUUGCUCAUCGUGCAAACCUUCCAUGGGACGGUGGUUACUUGGGCGCGUCGAUACAAGAUGUUCCAAGUCCAUCGGGCGACAGACCAAGUGCAAGCAAACUCUCUCACUCAUACAGCAGAAGAAGUUUGGAAAUCCUGGGCACAUGCCGAGGAGCAGAUUCGGGUUGCUGCUGGCCUCUAUAUCCUUGAUUCUGAGAUUUCUGAACUUUUCAUGACACACCCGUUCAUGCAACAUGCGGAGUCGACGCUUCCUCUGACUGCAAGCAAUGAGCUCUGGGUUGCUCCAACCGGCGCACAAUGGAAAGCUACAAUGAACAGCGAGCAGUCUGCCGCACGGCCCGAUGUCCCUCUAACAGAGAUAUCAGACCAAUCAUCAGAGAAGCCUCGCUCGGGACUCGACAUGGGAUCAUCAAGCAGAUUCCGUCAGUACACUAAACUGCAAGGUAUAGUCGCUUCGAUAAUGGAAAAGCGAACUUCCCCGGCUGCGUGGACCGACAAAACCCGUCAUCAAUUCGAAAAACAAUUGAUUCAAUUCUUUGACCAACAUCUCAGAUCCAAGAUAGACAGCGGCACCGACCCUUUCUGUCUAGAGGUAUUAUGGCAUUCGACAUUCAUGUCUCUCUUCGUCGACUUCAAUCGACUGGAGCUUGUGAUGGGCCGCGAUGGAUACAAUGAAUCAGUGCCCCAUCGGGAUUAUGUUUAUAAAUGGGCUUCGUCGCAUGAAGGCCAUCGCUGCGCUCUUCACGGGGCACUGAUCCUGCGUAUACUCCAGAGCAUGACCUUGGGAGUGGAGCCAGCUAUCCACGUACCGCGAGCUCUGUACCGCGCAGCGACAGUGUGGUACGCAUACUCGGAGUUUGGCAUUGAUGAACAACAUACGGGCACAUCAACAGCACCCAGUAUGGAUUUUCCGGAGCUGGCCCGACUGAACGUUAAUAGUCAGACCCUUCUUUUCGAAGCAAAUGGCUAUAAAUCUACAAAGCCCAAGACGCAGGAAUCUAGCACGCUUUGUGGAUUGAUUGAUCUGUUGCGGAGGAUUGGCCAUUGGGGACUAUCUAGGAAAUUCGCUGAGCAAAUAGUUUUCGUGCUACAGGGGGUUACGGAGCAGGAAGCCCAGGGAGCUCUCUUUUAG